CUAAGUUAGCCACAAGUCAUUAAUCAAAAAUAUUCUCUCUUUAAUUUUGACGUACUGCGUAUGAGAAAAAAUAACUAGCGGUUAAGACAGGAUGUUCUCGUUACUAAGUAAUUUAGCCAAUAAUGUAUUUAGUAUCAGGGGCAGCGGUUGUAGCGAGGAGUCAGUUGGAGCCGAAAUACCGGUAGUAGUGUCGAGCCACUGUGAUAAUGACAAACCUACCCUAGAAAAGGAAAUCGAAAAAAUGCUGAUGGAGAUCGGUGACAUUCGUGCAGAAGCCAUCGAUGGUCAGCCUGAGCCUCAGCUUAAUUUGGUCUCCGAGCAAGACGACGUAGGCUGUUUCUACGCCUACGGCACUGUCAGCCGUGUCAGCGUAAACUUUAUCCUCAUUGAUAACCGCUAUAUGUGCGAGAUGAAAUACGUCGUGCCAACAGGUCUUGAAAAGGGCCACAGGGUCGUCUACAUGGGCUACAGAACCAGCAAGGGUGAAGAGCUCAAGGUGCGUAAAAUUCUCUACAAGGCAGGGUCCGAGUGGGAACCUCCAUUGAAGAUGCAGCUCGACGAGACUGAUUCUGACUGGCACGAGAACGCCACGGAAUCGUUAACUCGUGAGACUAGUCUAGAAGUUGAUGUUGAACUAAUGCAGAGUCUCUCAGAAGACACAAGAUGUGUGCCUCUACAGCCUGACUUCAAGAGACAGAUAUGCUCAAGAGUGCACAUUGGCAAAGUAGAAAGAAGAAACGGUAGAGAGCUCCACCUUGAAGAUAAGACUGUAAUAGAUCUGGACAAGGUCAAAGCGAAGUUCGUUCCCGUUGUUGGUGACUGGUUGGCUCUUGAUUGUUGGUUUGAGUCAAAUGAGAACAUUCCCAAUUUCCAAGGUGAGAUACUGGAGAUCAAAGAGAUCCGACCUCACAAGAUCUUUAAUAAGCUAGGCAAGAUUACAGAGUACAAUGAAAAUGCACAGUACGGAGUGGUGGACAAAAUUAUUGUGUUUAAUAAACGUGCUUGUCAAGAUGGUUAUUUACCUUGUGUAGGAGAUAAAGUAGUUGUACAAAGUAUUGAAAGUGAUCAAAUGAUGCAGAUACACUGGAGAGCACUUAAUGUUGUUCCAAUGGAAGAAGCACCCAAUAAAUAUGAAAUAUCAGCGGUGAAAUUUGAACCUCAAUGGUCUCCUGACGAAUUACAAGAAUUACUAGCUGAUAAACGAAAUAUCGAAAUUACAUGUGAUACUAGUAUUACUUUGAACAUUGAAGAAGAAAAGAUAAUAAAAGUAAAAAUAAGGAAUAAUGGCAAUUUCAAUCAAACAUUUAAAAAAUGCGUCUUUUUGUCGAGAAAAGUUAGGUCUCGAUUAUCUCUAGUGAUGUCACAAAACAAAAAUCUAAUAACCAUACAACCAGAACAAGAAUUUACUUAUUCAUUUAAGUGUAUAGCAAGAUUUGUCGGGCCCUCUAAAGAAUUCGUUGUAUUUCAUUUUAAAGAUUUCUCAAUUGCGCGAAUAUUUGAAAUUACAGUUAAGAGUAUUAAGCCUUGUAUUUUGCCUCAGUAUGAAAACUUGUGUAGCCCCUACAAUACUGGACAAAAUUCACAAUCAUUAAUACCUCAGGAAUAUGAAGACGGUACAUACAUAAAAGGUAUUAAGCCAUACAAGCCAGCAAAAUUUAUUGCAAAACGUCCUGUCACUUGGAAAAUACCACCUAUCCUGUGGUCCACGAUAGAAAUAAUCAUGCAAGAUAAGAAAACUCGCUCUGAAUCAGAAUUUGCUUUACAAGAGAAAGUGCCUUGUCUAAACCAAGCAUUGUGUUUUGGUAAUUACAAACAACGGUUUGAUUAUUUAUUGUACUUGGAAGAAAUCGCAUGCAUCAUUAACAUGAAGAAAUUUAAGAUGGACAGUGCUGUGUUGCAUAGAAGUCAAGAAUAUUUAUCACUGAAUGUUCCUGGUCUUGCUGAAAGGAGACCAUCACUAAUAAUCGGUGAUCGAGUGAUAGUACGCUUUAAAUGGUCCAAAGACUCCAAGUACUAUGAAGGCUACAUUCAUAAAAUAAAAAGUUCAGAUGUAUUCUUAAAGUUUCAUUCUAACUUUCACGAGUCUUACAAUGGUGAAGACUGUCAAGUGGAGUUCAAAUCCUCAACUACAGUGUUGCAACGAAGUCAUACAGCCAUUGGCGCUGUGAUAAACAACCUUGGCCAAGAUAUUUUAUUCCCUACAAGAGUCCAUUUAAAGAAACCACAAUAUAACUUUGUAGAAGAGGGUGAAGAAGCUGAGGAAAAUGAACAACCAAAACUAUCAGAACUCACCAAUGCUGAAGAGCGCUUAAAGCUCGUAGAGUCAAUUGUGUACAAAAGAAACUUGAAAUGGUUUAACAAGAAGUUGAACAUUUAUCAGAAAAAUGCGGUAAAAAAUAUACUGAAAGGUCUCGCGCGUCCAUUGCCAUAUGUUAUAUUUGGACCUCCAGGUACUGGAAAAACUGUAACUGUAGUCGAGGCCAUUUUACAAAUUUAUUUCACAAUAUCAGAAAGUAGCAUUCUCAUUGCCACACCAUCAAAUAGCUCAGCUAAUCUCAUUGCAGAAAGAUUGUUGGAUGCCAAAAUACUCCUGCCUGGUGAUUUGGUGCGUCUAGUUGCCCACCACUACUUGGAAAGCAGCGCGAUACCCGAGCAAUUAAUUCCGUACUGCAUGACGGGAGAUAUAGCAGAAGAAGGUACUCGCUCUGGAGUUAAUCAAGCUGAUCCACGAGGUUAUCAGACUCAAGUAACAAUGCGGACUAUAUGUCGUCACAGGAUAAUCAUUGGAACUUGCGCAGCCCUUGGAGUCCUGUACAAUAUGGGUUGCAAGAUUGGACACUUUACCCACAUAUUUGUUGAUGAGGCAGGCCAGGCGAGUGAGCCAGAAAUCAUGAUUCCUUUAAGCUUAGCUCACAAGAAUUCAACUCAAGUGGUGCUGGCUGGAGAUCCAAAACAGUUGGGUCCUGUAAACCAAAGUCGAUUGGCUGGAUAUUUUGGCCUAAACGAUAGUUUUCUUGUAAGAUUACUCCAACAAUUUCCAUAUCAAAAGGAUCCUGAAGGCUUUGAGGCUGGAUUUGAUCCUCGGUUAAUCACUAAGCUCCUGAUAAAUUAUAGAAGCUUGCCAGAUUUGCUUGCCUUACCCAACAAAUUAUUUUACGAUUCCGAGCUGAUACCGCAGGUCGACCCCAAAUACAGCAAAGAAGCUGAGCUGUUAGAACAUUUACAAGAUGUAUUACCAAAGAGACUUGGAGCUCCUCCCCCAGUUGUUUUUCAUUGCGUGUAUGGAACAAAUAUGCAAGACCCAGACAGUCCAAGUUGGUAUAAUCAAGAAGAAGCAACACAAGUGUAUAUUUAUUUACUAAUGCUCUACAAUCAUGGCUUGCAACCUGAUGACAUUGGUAUCAUUACGCCAUAUGCCAAACAAGUUUUUCAUAUAAAACAUCUUUUGGCUCAUAUGGAACUUGAAUCUCCCAAAAUAGGAAGUGUAGAAGAAUUCCAAGGACAAGAAAGAAAAGUCAUCCUUCUUUCAACGGUCAGAACAUCAGAAGCUAAAAUUGAAGACGAUGUAAGACAUUCACUUGGCUUUGUUGCUGCCCGAGAAAGAUUAAAUGUAGCCAUAUCGCGUGCCAGAGCGUUACUUAUUAUUGUUGGUCACCCUAAACUCUUACAGCAAGAUGUUUAUUGGCGAAAUGUUUUAGAGUACUGCAGUGCUCAAAAUUCUGUGGUAGACCGUGAUUCAUAAUGAUCAAAGUAAAAUCAUAAUACAUCGUUAACUUAA